AAUAUACGCUUGUUGAGAAACAAAUUUAAUUUGUUUUGCUGUUUCUUAUUCAGCUAAAUAUAAACGCUAAUUUACUUAAUGCACUUUUGAGUAUAAAAGCUUGCUUGCAUGGUCGCAGCACUUUUAUAUAAUAUAAAAAUGUACAUAUAUACCACAACACAUAAUCGCAUUAAUGUCAAUGAGUGUAAUAUGUAGGAGCUUGCAACACAAAGCUCAAUCUACUGGCAUUCAUUUCUGCGGCCACCUGUCAACCAGAAAAAGCUGCUGUAGAUGUACACUUAUGAAGUUCAAGUUCAUACAACAACAAAUGCAAUGGAAUUAACACGAAAGCGAUUGCUUUGCAGUUUCAUUUCCACGCUGCCGUCGGUGUGGGUAGGCAUCCAAUGUUGGCGGCGUUGUUGGUGUGGCCGCCAAGUUGGCUUUGUCACCUCAACAAGUGUUCGUUUUUACAACAACAACAAGCAGCAACUCUUAGCGCUGCGCUCACGUCAGCAGAAGUAAACAAAGUUUCGUUUUACAUGGUCAUUACAUGCCCCUGGCCUCCCUCUCAUUUAAGUGCUGCUGCCACUGUUAAUGGAUUUUUCGCGCAUGCGCCGCAGCCAAACGCUCUAAUCGCAUUUUCCUUCGUUCGAAAUUUAUUAAAAUUCGACUGACAUUUGUGAGUCAAUUGUCAGUUGUGAAAAUUGCUGCAACAGCUGCAGCCCCGCAAUAAAAAGUGUUAUAUAUUUUCGCUAAAAGCUAAAGAAAUUGUUAAAAAUAUAAUAGAAAGUUUGUCUAAAUAUUAUUUUGAAGUUAAAAGUGGCUAAGACUGUGUAAAACAACACCAAAGAAGCUGAAACGCAAUUUACAAGCCUAAAAGUAUGCAACGUUUUUGCGACAUAUGUUAGGUAGUAACAGCGCACUUUUGCAUAACCCAAAGGGAUAGGAGCUCCGGUGCACACGCACUCAACUUUCAACAUUUGCCAUUGGUUAAAUCAGCGUUUGCAGCGUAUGUGCUUCCCAGUCGUUGCUUCUUAGUGUGUUUCAAACAGCUGCGCUCGCCGUCAAUAUGCCCAGUACACGUCGCAUCAUUCUCGGUCACGUUAUGUCGGGUUUGUGCUCCAAAAUGAACCGCACAAAGCCCGUGCCUGCGGAUGUCAUGGAGACGCCACUAAAGCGUUGCCUCAACACCUUCGACAUCACGCUUUUGGGCAUUGGGCACAUGGUUGGCGCUGGCAUUUAUGUGCUCACCGGCACGGUGGCGAAGGAUAUGGCCGGUCCUGGCAUAAUACUAUCCUUCAUUUUGGCCAGUUUCGUAUCACUUUUAGCCGCGCUCUGCUAUGCGGAGUUCGGCACACGCGUUCCCAAAGCAGGCUCCGCCUAUGUCUAUACCUACAUCUCGAUUGGUGAGUUCUGGGCCUUUGUUAUCGGUUGGAAUAUUCUAUUGGAGCAUAUGUUGGGUGCAGCUUCGGUGGCGCGUGCCUGGAGCGGGUAUGUGGACUCGAUGCUGGACGGUUGGAUUGGUAAUACGACACUCGCCAUAACCGGUGAGCUGCAUGAGCAAUUGUUUGCACGUUAUCCCGAUAUUUUGGCAUUUCUGGUGUGUCUGGUUUAUGCUGCUGCCUUGGGUAUCGGCGUUAAGGCCACGGUCGUUUUCAAUAGUUUGUUGACUUCUGUGAAUAUUGCCGUAAUGAUUUUGGUUAUCGGUGUGGGUUUCUGAUAUGCGGAUACAAAGAAUUGGUCAGAGGCGGAGGGUGGGUUUCUGCCUUAUGGUGUUGGUGGUGUUAUAGCUGGUGCGGCCACAUGUUUUUAUGCUUUCGUUGGUUUCGACUCCAUAGCCACGUCGUCGGAGGAGGCCAAGAACCCGUCAAUAUCUAUUCCUAUAGCCACUUUACUUUCGCUCAGCGCCGUUACAGUCGGUUAUAUUUUGGUCUCCGCAGCGCUCACGCUUAUGAUACCGAUUCGUGAAAUCAACCCUGCUGCUUCGUUGCCCGAAGCCUUCGGACAAAUGAAUCUCUAUUGGGCCAAGUAUGUGAUCUCUAUUGGCGCACUUUGCGGCAUGACCACCACACUUUUGGGUUCGUUAUUUGCGUUGCCUCGUUGCAUGUAUGCCAUGGCCUCGGAUGGGUUACUCUUCAGCUGCUUUGGUCGCAUCAAUACCACCACGCAAGUUCCCGUGCUCAAUCUUGUGGUUUCCGGUUUUCUAAGCGCUAUACUAGCGCUGCUCUUUGAUUUGGAGAAGCUCGUGGAGUUCAUGUCGAUUGGCACAUUACUUGCCUACACCAUCGUCUCGGCCAGUGUUAUUAUACUGCGCUAUCGACCGCUGGCCAGCCAAGAGCAUGCUAUCUACGCGCCCGACACACCGGACGAGGAUGAUGAGGACAACACCUCACAGUCAAGCAUCGAUACCGCCUCACCUACAAGUGACUUGAUAGAGGGUGCACUCGCUGGACGUCUCAAACCACAAUUUCGUUGGCUCGAACCACUACUCGGUCGCUUUGAACCCGGCGCCGCUGUAUCUGCUGCGGUGCUACUCUUUUCAGUGCUUAGUUUUGCGAUUUGCUUCCAACUCGAGGUAUCCUGGUCGGAGCUUUAUAGGGGCACUUGGUGGGCGCUCUUGCUUUACGGUUUUAUGAUUUUCAUAGCUGGCGCUUGCGUCGCCGUGAUUGCGGUACAUCAUCAGAACACGCGCGGACUCAACUUCAAAGUGCCGCUCGUGCCCUUCGUGCCGGCGCUAAGCAUUUUCUGUAAUAUUGUGCUGAUGGUGCAUCUGAGCGCGCUCACCUGGCUGCGUUUCUUUAUCUGGGUCGCUGUCGGCAUGUUGAUCUACUUCCUAUACGGCAUACAUCACAGCAAAGAGGGUGAGGUGUGCUCUUCCUAUUCCAUGUUAAUGACCUCAACGGAGGCGGGCAAGUCGCAUUGGGGUGCUACGGGUGGCGGUUUCACCAUCAGUUUGACUGGCAGUGGAGGCGCUGGUGUCAUUAAGCGUACAGUCUUGCAGCGUUUCAUUGGUAGAAAAAUGGAUGAUAAGAAACCGAUUGUCGAGGAAGAGGAUGUAGAUGAAGUAGACGAAGAGGGACACACGUAAGCGGUUGGCGUUGGGAAGCAGUGCAAAGCAACAAGUAACUACUAUGAUUUUUGAUUAACUGUACUAUGCGAAUUGGGAACGGUAUGGAAUUUACUUUAAAACAUUUAAUGUGGCGCAGAAGUAUUUGAAUAAGAUUUUGUGAUUUUUUUUUUAUUAAAGCAUGUUUAGAUUUGUUUUUAAUUAAAUGUGUCAGCAAAUUGUUUUUUUUUUUUAUUUGUUAGUUAUGGGAGCGCCAAAUCAAACGCGUGACGUAUGACUGUUGCUACUUAAACUUUUUCUUUGCUACUUACUCAAGCGUCAGGGAGCGUUCAAAUGCCCGUAGCAUGAGUCAUGCGUCAAGCUUAAUGCAAGCACAAACAUGUUUAAUUAGAAUUUCGUUUUUCAUAUGAAAGUCUCGAAGUGAAAAAGUCAAUUCGCAAAAUUCGCAAAAUUCGACCUUAUUUGAUUAUCUUUCAGUCAGCACAGUGCGGUUUUGUGACAUAAUAUUUUAUAAAUGUAUUGAAAUGCUUAAGCAUAAAACUCUAGCGACCAGCCAGUUAGCGCUUUAUGCAUUAUAUGUACAUACAAACAUACAUACAUGCAUUCAUACACAGUUUAUGUUCUACAUACAAGUUUAUGACUAAUUAUUACGCUGGAUAAGCAUUGAAAAAGUAUUAAGAAUAUAUUUCGAAAUGUUAUUUUUUCACUUCUUGCAUUUAAAAUUACUUAACUCAAAACAAGCAUUUAAUUAAUACUAAAAAAAAAAUAUUUCAUUUGCAGAGCUAACAUACUUACUAUGCACGAGAUAUGUAGAUAAAAAAAAAUAUUUUUUCAAAUUUCAAAUAUUUUUUUUAAAUAUAUUUUUUCAAAUUUCAAAUAUAUUUUUUAAAUAUUAAUUUUUCAAAUAUUUUUUUUUUAAAUAUUAAUUUUUCAAAUUUUUUUUUCUUAGCUUUCAUGCAUAAAUUGUAAAAUAUAAACUGAGGAAAAAACUACAGAUUUUAUGAAGCCAAACUAACUUACUAUAAACUAUACAAUAAAAUUUUUAUUUGAAAACAAAGUUAAUUAGCAUUUCAUGUCUAGAGAAUAUGUGUAAUACAUGCAUACAAAUAUAUUUUCUAAUAAAACGUUAUUAUUACGCAUAAGAAAAAUAUGGAUUUACAAUAAAUUAAUACUCUGCGUGGUGAAGAGAAAACUUUGCGUGAUUUGUCUACAGUGAAGUACACAAGAACGGUAAUAACCAAAAGAAAUAAGUAAAAAGCAAUUUCCCAAUAAAAUAAAAAA